CGAGGUUCUUCCUUUCUCAGCCAGCACCGUUGCAGUGGGUGAGUGCGUGGCUUGGAUGGACUGGUGAAGUUAGUCAAAAUUCACUCAAGUCAGCCCAUUUGGAAUUUCACUAGAACGCCACCGACAUGCCGGCGUAUUUUCAGCGGCCAGAGAAUGCUCUGAAACGAGCGAACGAGUUUCUGGAGGUUGGCAAGAAGCAGCCGGCCUUGGAUGUUUUGUACGAUGUCAUCAAGAGCAAAAAACAUCGAACAUGGCAGAAGAUCCACGAGCCCAUCAUGCUCAAGUACCUGGAGCUCUGCGUGGACCUUCGCAAAAGCCAUCUGGCCAAGGAGGGUCUCUACCAGUACAAGAACAUCUGCCAGCAGGUGAACAUCAAAUCUCUGGAGGAUGUGGUUCGGGCUUACCUGAAGCUGGCAGAGGAGAAGACAGAGACAGCCAAGGAGGAGUCCCAGCAGAUGGUCCUGGACAUCGAGGAUCUGGACAACAUCCAGACCCCAGAGAGUGUGCUCCUGAGUGCUGUGAGUGGAGAGGACACUCAGGAUCGUACUGAUCGCCUGCUGCUCACUCCCUGGGUGAAGUUCCUGUGGGAGUCCUACCGCCAGUGCCUGGACCUGCUCCGAAACAACUCCAAGGUGGAGCGUCUGUAUCAUGACAUUGCCCAGCAAGCAUUCAAGUUCUGCCUGCAGUACACUCGCAAGGCUGAGUUUCGCAAGCUGUGUGACAACCUGCGUAUGCAUCUGGGGCAGAUCCAGCGCCACCACAACCAGAGCACCGCCAUCAACCUGAACAACCCUGAGAGCCAGUCUAUGCACCUGGAGACACGUCUGGUGCAGCUGGACAGUGCCAUUAGCAUGGAGCUCUGGCAGGAAGCUUUCAAGGCUGUUGAGGACAUCCAUGGACUGUUUGCUCUUUCCAAGAAGCCUCCCAAACCCCAGCUGAUGGCCAAUUACUACAACAAGGUGUCCACUGUGUUCUGGAAAUCUGGAAAUGCUCUUUUCCACGCCUGCACUCUCCACCGGCUCUAUCACCUGUCCAGGGAGAUGCGCAAGAAUCUGACCCAGGAUGAGAUGCAGAGGAUGUCCACCAGAGUCCUCCUGGCAACUCUUUCCAUACCCAUCACCCCUGAGCGCACUGACAUUGCUCGGCUGCUGGACAUGGAUGGCAUCAUUGUGGAGAAACACCGCAGGCUGGCCACGCUCCUGGGCCUCCAGUCUCCGCCAACCCGCCAGAGUCUCAUCAAUGACAUGGUGAGAUUUAAUUUACUGCAGUAUGUUGUACCUGAUGUGAAAGAACUUUACAACUGGCUGGAGGUUGACUUUCAUCCUCUGAAACUGAGUGGAAGAGUGACCAAGGUUUUGAACUGGGUGAGAGACCAGGCUGAGAAGGAGGCUGAUCUGCAGCAGUAUGUUCCUCACCUGCAGAGCAACACCAUCCUGAGGCUCCUGCAACAGGUUGCACAGAUUUAUCAAAGCAUCGAGUUCAGCCGUCUGGCCUCCCUGGUUCCAUUUGUGGACGCCUUCCAGCUGGAGCGCUCCAUUGUGGAUGCUGCCCGACACUGUGAUCUACAGGUCCGAAUCGACCACACCUCUCGGACUCUGAGCUUUGGUUCUGACCUGAACUACUCAACCAAAGAGGACGCUCCUGUUGGUCCUUUCCUACAGAACAUGCCCUCAGAGCAGAUAAGGAACCAGCUGACUGCCAUGUCUGCUUCCUUGGCUAAGGCCAUCCAGGUCAUCAAGCCUGCCUCCAUCCUGCAAGAGCGUGAGGAGCAGAACCAGCAGGCCAUUGCUGCCUAUCUGAAAAAUGCCCGCAAGGAUCACCAGCGUAUCCUGGCUCGUAGACAGACCAUUGAAGAGCGUAAGGAGCGCCUGGAGAGCCUGAACAUUCAGCGUGAAAAGGAGGAGCUGGAGCAGCGGGAAGCUGAGAUGCAGAAGGUCCGCAAGGCUGAGGAGGAGCGUCUGCGCCAGGAGGCCAAAGAGAGGGAGAAGGAGCGCAUCAUGCAGGAGCAUGAGCAAAUCAAGAAGAAGACAGUCCGUGAACGACUGGAGCAGAUCAAGAAGACUGAACUCGGAGCCAAGGCCUUUAAGGAUAUUGACAUUGAGGACCUGGAGGAGCUGGAUCCAGACUUCAUCAUGGCCAAACAGGUGGAGCAGCUGGAGAAGGAGAAGAAGGAACUUCAGGAGCGUCUGAAAAACCAGGAGAAAAAGAUUGACUACUUUGAGAGAGCCAAACGCCUCGAGGAGAUUCCUCUCAUCAAGAAGGCUUAUGAGGAGCAGCGUAUCAAGGACAUGGAACUGUGGGAGCUCCAGGAGGAGGAGAGGAUCAGUAACAUGAAAGUUGAGCGGGAGAAGGCUCUGGAGCACAAGAAGCGCAUGUCGAGGAUGAUGGAGGACAAAGAAAACUUCUUGUCUAAAAUUACCGCUGCCCGUAGCUUCAUUUAUGAGGAAAAACUGAAAGCUUUCCAGGAGCGUCUGGUGGAGGAGAGGAAGAAGCGUCUGGAAGAAAGGAAGAGACAGCGCAAAGAGGACAGGCGUAAUGCUUACUACCGCCAGAAAGAGGAAGAGGCCCAGCGUAUCCACGAGGAGCAGCUCAAGAAAGAGCGUGAGGAGCGUGAACGCCUGGAACAAGAGCAGAGAGAGGAGGAGGAGAGGGAGUACCAGGAGCGUCUGCGCAAGCUCGAGGAGCAGGAACGGAAGCAGCGUGCUCGUCAGCAGGAGAUUGAGGAGCGAGAACGCCGUCGUGAGGAGGAGAGAAGGGGCCCGCCGGAGGAGAAAGCUAAGGAAUGGGGUGAGAAGGAGGAGGGAGGAUGGAGGAGCUCGCGGCGCACUGAGGGAGGUGACUCAGAGCGGCGGCGUCCUGUGCCUGACAGGGACUGGAGACAGGAGGGCAGUGAAGAUGACAAAGAGGAGAGGGAGGUGCCCUUCAGGCGAGGAGAGGGUCCCCGCAGGGGCGGAGAUGACAGAGGACCCCGUCGGGGCUUUGAUGAUGAUAGAGGCCCACGUCGUGGCGGUGAUGAGGACCGUCCUCCACGCAGAGGGAUGGAUGAUGAUCGUGGUCCACGUAGAGGCUUUGAUGAUGACCGCGGACCAAGGAGGGGUGGAGAUGAGGAGCGUGGCCCAUGGCGUGGUUUUGAUGAUGACCGUGGUCCCAGGCGUGGCUUUGAUGACGACAGAGCUCCCCGCCGAGGCAUGGAUGACUCCAGGGGUCCCAGACGCGGGGCUGAUGAUGACUGGGGCAGAAGAGGAGGAGAUGAUGAAAGAGGUGGAAGGAGAGGCAUGGAUGACGGGCCACGUCGUGGUGGUGAUGACGCAAAACCAUGGAAACCCCUGAGCAGACCUGUUGCAGGUGGCUGGCGUGAGCGGGAGAAGGCCCGAGAGGAGAGCUGGGGACCUCCCCGUGGUGGUGGAAAUGACGAUGAUGGUGAAGGAGAGGAAAGAUCCAGCGACCGCUUCAGAGAGCGUCGCCCACAGAGAGAGGAGGGUGGUCCCUGGAGGAGAGCAGGUGGAGAGGAGGGGGGCAGCAGCUGGAGAGAGUCUCGCAGAGAGGACGACCGCGAGGAUCGUCGUGAUCGUGAUGAUCGCCGUGGUGAACGCCGUGAUAGAGAUGACCGUGAGCAAAGAGCCCCACCCAGAGAGAACGAAGAGGGAGGCUCUUGGCGUCGUGGAGGUGGAGGUGAAGAAAAGCGCGAGGAGCGGGACAGGGACCGGCCCAGAGACAGAGAACGCGACCGUGAUGGUGAAGGAGAAAAGGGUUGGCGUUCAGAUAGAGAAAUCCCUCGUCGCACCAAGAAUGAGACGGAUGAUGACGGCUGGACCACUGUCCGUCGCUGAGAGCAACAGCCUCUGCAUCUAAUUGGCUCAGAUGAUGAUAAAUUGGUUUUGAAAAAAAAAAAUUCAGUAUCCAUUUAGCCAUGAUGAUAGAUUAAUGGCUACAAGCUCCUGAUACUCGUGCGUUAUUCUUUUGAAUGAAAUAUUUGUAGACAGUAGUUUUCCUGGGAAUUGUUUAUCUUUACUUUGAGCAGUUCUGAACCAGAGGCUCUCGACCACCUGAAACCAUCAGCCAAUGAACUUGUGUGCACUUAGUCCUCAUGCAGAUCAUUAAUCCAAACAUGACUGCCCCAAGUGGCUGGGAGUGUUAUUAGCUAAAACGAUGAAGUGAAACUGAUUUCAACUGAAAACCAAUGUACCUGCUCCAACGUUCAAUGCAAAUUCAGUGUAUCACCAACUGCCUCUUUUGGAUAAUUAACCUUUGCAUAGAUAUUAUAUUAAGGCACAGAUCUACAUCUCUUGUAAUGGCAUUUGUCAUCUGCUUCAUUGAUCUCUGCUCUUCAUCUAAUGUUUCAGAUGCUGCUUGUUAAGGACAUAGUGGACUUUCCAUUUUGAUGUGUAUUAGAGUAUUCAAUUGAUCUCACUCAAUAUCCAGCGUGUGCUUCUAUCUUACUGCAAUCAGUGUCAUCAAAGCUGGUUGCAUGUGUACAGAUAAAGCCUUUAUUAAUAAAGAUGUUUGCUCACCA